AUGGCUCCACAAACUCCCCAACAGCGAAGAGCGAACGAGAAAUUUGCCAAAAAAGAAGCCUCCAAGCGAGGAAAGCCAGAGACGACGGUUAAGUCGAAACCAAAGGCAAAGUCUCCUAUAUCCGUGGGCUGGGUUGUCCUACUCGUUUUCGUCUUAUGCGGCGGUCUCUUUUUCGAACUAGCUAGAGUCAUCCCUGCUAUAUGGGGAUAUAUCUCUAGUUUCAUUACCAAAUGGACCAGUUAA